GCCUUCGGACUCUUGCUCAAGGGUGCCAAAUGGAUUUGCUGCUGGCUUCCCGCCCUGUUCGCGAUGGCCACGUUUACCGAAGCGUACUACGCCUACUUGGUUGUGUUCUGCGGCCGGUACGUGAAGGAAGACACCCUGCGCUUCGCCUUGGCCGCUGUGUUCCACCUGCUGUUGCUGAUGAGCCUGUGGUCGUACGCGCAGACCACGUUCACGCAUCAGCCAUCCGUGCCUCGCUGCUUUCAGUUGACCAAACACGAAUGUCAGGAGCUGACUCGCUGCGCCCAGGACAGGCGUCGCCGGAGCGCGCUACUUGAGACAAUGGCCAGCGAACGAGGCGUGCUCACUCGCUUAGCGGGCGGCGCCGUGAGCUGCUGCGACAGCUGCCAGCUAAUUAAGCCCGACCGAUGUCACCACUGCUCGACCUGCAAAAGGUGCGUACAGAAAAUGGACCACCACUGCCCGUGGUUCAACAACUGCGUCUGCUUCAGCACGUACAAGUUCUUUCUGCUCACGCUGUUCUACUCCGCGUUCCUGGCAGCCUACGUUUUGGCCAGCGUGUCCACAUACCUGCUCCACAAGAGCCCUCGCCGCAGACUUCUGCACCGCUCGCGCCACAUCAGCUUCCUCGUGGUGAUGGGCGGCACAAUGUCCGCCGUGCUCGCGCUCUUCCUCGGCAUGCACAUCUCUCUGGUGAUUCGCAAUGCCACCACGUUGGAGUCCAUGCGGGCGCCCACCUUCAAGCAGACCGGCGACUCGUUCAACCUGGGACGCUACAGAAAUUGUCUCGAGGUGUUCGGCGUGCACAUGGCCCUUUGGCUAGUUCCUGUGUUCACCAGCCUAGGCGAUGGUUGCCGCUUCCCAACAAAGCUGCACCCAGACGGAACCUACCCCGGCAUGGUCGGUUCGUCACAGCGUGCAGCGUCUGGUGACGGCGCGGCGACUCCAGAUGCUGGAGCGGGUGGUGAAGCUGGCCUACAAGCCUCUACCGCUGCAAUUUCGUUGAAAACGAAUGCUGCGUCCUUUAUGGGGGAGGGUGCCAGACAUGGGGAGUGCCCCUCGACCACAUUGGACACCAUGGUGCAGAUUGCUCGACCGCAUUCUGGAGCCGACAGCCUUGAAGCCGUUGGGGUUAGCCCACCCGCCUGCAAGUCUUCCAAUGCUGCCACGUACCAUAGUUGCGCGGUGGCACAGGCUGCGAACAAUGACGACGCCGCACCAACGGAGUUGGUUGGGUCUCAAAGUCGCCGCACACGCCGUAGCGCGCCUUCUCCAGGCGUUGGAGCCUACCGUCGCCGACAGGACGCAGACGAGCGCGCCUCAGUGCUUGUAACCUGACGAACGCAAAUGGGUUGCUUCGGGAUUCAGAAUGAUGACUUGUCUUGUACAUUUUCGGGCACUACUAAGAUUGAGAUGUGCUUUAACUUUGGUAGUAA